ACAAGUGCAAUUCCCAGCAGUGUAGCAGAUCUGACACUACAGGGAGUAGAUGAGGAGCUGAGUCUUUUCAGCCAGCUCAGCUCCUGGAGAUCACAGGUAGUGGAGGUGAAACGGGGAAGGAGAGAGACAGUGUGUGUGUGCGAGAGAGUGAGAGUGAGGAGGCGUGGUUUAAAAACACAUCAGGUGCUGUGAGAGACAGAGGUUUAGAAGUGAAACGAUUGACUGCCUGAUGCCGCACAGCAGCCAAGCAAAGAGCAUGAGCUCUCUGUGCUAGGAGGAGAGACGGAAGGACUGCAGGGUGAUGAGGAUCUACUCCCAUGCUUGUGCUUCCGUCCUGGUGCUUCUGCCUGUCCAGCUGGGAUGAGCAGAUCCUCUCUCUGAGGUAUGAUGGUUGGGAAGCAGGGGAAGCAGUGGAGGUCGGUGUGUAAAGGUCUGGUUCUGGGCACUCUCCUCACCAGCUGCAUGAUUCUGCUGUACUGCCUUUCGGCUCCUGAGGUGCAGUUCAGUAUGCCAGAAAUUCCUGUGCCUUAUUCAUGUGCCCACCAGCCAUCACCUGGCCACUCCAUAGCUGCCUCCAGCAGUGCCCAUCAAGGCGUGGGACAGGCGCAUCAUUGCACCCCAAAGGUGGACAUCAUGUUCAUGAAAACCCACAAAACGGCAAGCAGCACCAUCCUGAACAUGCUGUUCCGCUUUGGUGAAAAGCACCAUCUGAAGUUUGCCUUCCCGAGCAGUCGCAAUGACUUCUUCUAUCCCUCAUUCUUCUACCGCACGCAAGUGAAGGACUAUGGGCCUGGGAUGUGCUUCAACAUCAUGUGCAAUCACAUGCGCUUCAAUGAAGCCGAAGUAGCGAAGGUGCUUCCAGCGGACACUACCUACAUCACCAUUCUGAGGGAUCCAGCAGAGCUCUUCGAGUCCUCCUUCCAUUACUUUGGCCGCUUAAUACCUUUUACCUGGAAAAUCUCUGGGGAUGAUAAGAUGGAAGAGUUCCUCAAUGACCCUGAGCUUUAUUAUGACCCAGAGGGGUUCAAUUCGUUCUACCUCAGGAACUUGCUUUUCUUUGACUUUGGACAUGAUAAUAAUUUACCAUUGGAUGACCAGAGAGUGAAAGAAGGCAUCCGUGCAAUUUCAAAACGUUUCCACUUGGUCAUGCUGGUGGAGCACUUUGAAGAAUCGCUCAUCCUGCUGAAGGACGCCCUCUGCUGGGACAUGGAUGACCUGCUGUUCUUCAAGCUUAAUGCUAGAAAGGGGUCCACUGUCUCCAAGCUGACCCCCGAGCUCAGAGCCAAGGCCUUGCAGUGGAACAGUAUUGACUGGAAGCUCUACCAGCACUUUAACGCCACCUUCUGGAGGAAAGUGGAAGCGUACGGUCGAGAGCGCAUGGCAAAGGACGUGGCAGAGCUGCGGCGCCGGAACGCAGAAAUGGCCACCAUCUGCAUCGAAGGUGGCCAUGCGGUGGAUGCCGGGAGCAUCCAUGAGACUUCCAUGCAGCCAUGGCAACCUAUAGGGGAGAAAUCUAUUAUGGGAUACAAUCUGAAGAAGAAUGUAGACAAAGCACAUCAAAAACUGUGUAGGAAGAUGUUGACGCCAGAGCUGCAGUACCUGACAGACUUAGGAGUCAAUUUGUGGAUCACUAAACUGUGGGGUCACGUGAGGGAUAUCCUUCACUGGUAGAAAUGAAGAAUAGCGGGUCGACCUCUGACCUCUACCUAUAUGUGUAAACAUCAAAGAUGUUCACCUCUGACCUCUAUGAAACAAAUGAAACCUCUUUCUGCGUUAGAGCGGGAUGGAGAGUGAAUACAAAUUUGAAAGUCAUAUAAGUGGUAAACAGACUUGAUGGUUAUGGCCCUGCAGAUUUUAAUGUCAUUUUCAUUGGUCAGCUUUGUUUUCAUUGAAGUCAUGUCACUGCAGUGAAUAGAAUUGUUAAAUGGUGCUUGCGUCAAUCACGGAAAAACAAAUCAGUGAGACACCUUGUCUGCCCGUCUGGAGAGGUUUCUCUUUGCAUGCUGCCAAUGCCGUAUCAGUAAAGUCCUCUCAGUAAAGUUGACUGAAAUAUAUGAAGGCACGGGAUACUAUGUGUUCCUGUUUUACUUAUCUUAUCAGCUAAUAUGACAAAUCCUGCUGACCAAAGAGCAAAGCUGCACUAAGUGCAGUAUAUCUUUGUCCAGAAGGAUUUAAGAGUUAGCUGUUAUAAAAGAGGCAGAUACCAAAUGUGAGAUUAAAAUUCUAUGAAUAAAAUAAAAACUAACAUAAAUAUGG